GGCCGCAAAGCGUAAACAAGGGGUGUACGCCUGAUAGUGCAGCAUAUAAAUUCUAUAAAUUUACUGUAAGUUUGUCGUAAAAUCGGCGAAUGAUCGCUAAAAUCUGCCCAAUUAGCUCUUACUUACAGCUACACCAUGGAAGACAAUAAUAAAAACGAAUAUUAUUUCGGCAAUUUGCCGAAAUCUGCCACGGAGGGUGAGUUACGAACCUUUCUCAAAGAUUGUGGAAAGAUAACCGGGUUCGAGUAUCGACUGGCCAAGUGUACCUACUGUCCGACAAAGAUUGCGUACGUAAAGUUUGCUGAAAGUUUGGGUCGGGAAAAGGAACUGGAUUUGAAUAAGCAAAUGUUCAAGGAAAAGCGGCUGUUCUGCGCUAGCACGAGAGCGGAACCGUUCUUCACGCCACUACUCUCCGUUGUAGUCCGCUAUCUGAACGAGCACAUCACCGAGGAAGACCUGUACGCACACUUUGAAGCAGUUGGGUCGGUUGAAUGUGUACAAAAACCAUCGCAGAACUAUGCAUACGUGUCCUUUAAGGAUAACGCAUCCAUAAAGGCGGCAAUGGAGCUGAAGAAGUCGCUGAAGGGCAUUGAACCCUACAUCGUAGAAGUGAAGCGAAAAAUCAGUAUGUUUCUAGAGCAGAAAAAGGCCGUAGCGUAUGCAAGCAUCAGGGACAAGUGCGACAAGCUGGAUCUAGUUUACGAUCCAGACGCGGAACAUGAAACUACAUUGCUUGUGACCAACAUCCCCAGAAACACCGAGGAGGAUGAUGUGGUCGAAUUUUUGGGCAGGUUCGGGAAGAUUGUCGACUGGGAGAUGCAAAAAUCGGCUAGCUGCGUGAUGUCCAACAUUGGCUACGUCACCUAUCAGCAUCCGAAGAUGGCGCGGACGGCAUUUCUGCACGCACCUUUAAACUUUCAGGGCUUUGGAAUGGAGGUGUACAAUCGGUUGCUGGGGUACACGUCGAACCCUUCGGACCAAGCUGUUAUCAUACAGCGCACGAGUGUUUAUAUAACUAACGACGAGAUAUUUGAAACAUUUUCCGAGCAUGGGCGCGUCGAAUACAUACAACGCAUCGAUGCCGUUAAUUACAACACAAUUGUCCGCAUGGACUCCGAGAAGGCGGCCCGGGAUGUUAACCUACUGAAGCUUGUCGCUGGCGAGACGGUGGCGAUACGGCCGUACUCGGCAAAGCGCUACGUAACUCCCACGUACGCUCCUCGCAGCACGGAUACACGCACUCCUCCAAGGCGGACGCGCAAGGAAAACAUGUUACUGCACAUUAACGACAUCGAGGAGCGCAAGAACAUGUCGCUGCUGCCAACGGCGUUCAACCCGCAGUACUGCAAUCCCAACCCGCAGUACUACCGGAACGAGGUGCAGGUUUGGAAUUAUGGGCCGAGGCAAGGUUUGAUAGAGUUUAGAGAUUAUUUUAAAAAAUACGGGACCGUAAUCAAUUUGCGCGAGCUGAAAGAGUACAGCACGUCGCCGAUCCGUGUCGCUUACCUUAGCUUCGAAACCAAGCUGGAAGCGAAGCGCGUUUGCAAGCUCAACAAUUCGUUCAUGUGUUCGCGGCGGCUGGUCAUCCUGAUGGCCGAUCACUGUAUCGUGCAUGAUCCGAAACUGUGUGUGAAAGUAACCGACCUCACGGAAGAAAUAGCCGAUGAGGAUAUUUACGACCGGUUCAGUAUGAUAGGCGACGUCAAGUAUGUAUACCGUCCCAAGGUGGAGGCAGCCAUCGUGUGCAUGGCCAAAGAGAAAUGUCAAGCGAGGGCAAUGAAAGUGAUGUGCGUGGGUCGCUUUUGUGUAACUGUAUCUUCCCUGCCGGGUUCGAACAAUCCUCAGCAGGGAAUGGGAGGUACACAGACCAACGACGGGCCGCCAGGGAUGAUGCAAAAUUCAGCUCCCAUUAACCCUAAUGUGGGUCCGGGAGCUGCAUCUGGCGCUCCUUGGAGCGGACCGGUGCAAAAUGCUCCGAUGGGGCCUAGACCGAUGCGUCCAAUGGGACCGGUGGGUCCGAUGGGUCCGAUGGGUCCGAUGGGUCCGAUGGGUCCAAUGAGACCAAUGGGACCGAUGACACCGAUGGGACCAAUGGGACCAAUGGGACCAAUGGGACCAAUAGGACCAAUGGGUCCUUCUAAUCCAGGUGGCCUCGGUAGCUGGAUACCGCCACCAAUGUCUGGUGGUAUGAGUAGACCGGCUGGACCCAUGUCUGGUGGACCGAUGCAAAUAGGCGGACAGGAAAUUAGUCCGCGGAUGCGAGGUUUAAUGCAAACCGUCGAAGCACAAAUGAUCAAGUGCAAAAACUUCACCUCGCUGUCAAUGGCGAAUCAGUUUAACUUGGUUCGCGACAUAGUCAAUCAAUGCGUCACUUUCCCGUACUUUUUGUCCCUGAGCGGUGAUGAUAAAAUUCGUUAUCUCAUCAACGGAGACAGCGGUUUUCAGCAGUUGAGCAGCUUUACGCUCUUCACGUAUCCGGAGCAGCUGCAGAUGCUAUCGAUCAUUGAGGACUACUACCGUAGCACUAGCGAACCGGGCAGCCUGCCACCUCGAUCAGCCUCGACGCCAUCGAACACGCUCGUAGUGCUGACCAACGAUACUGGUGUGGCGACGCCCUUGCAGGAAUCAGCCCCAAUCGACAGCGAGCAUUCACCGACGGGCGAGCAGGAUGUCGACGACGAUGAUGAUAUUCCACCUGCACCAUCCCCUCCGCCGGCACCAUCGUUUCGUUCCAGAUCGCCAACUCCAACCAAUGACGAGGAUGAAUGGAAAUCUGCUUCCACCGGUUCUAUCAACGGUUCGGAGGUGCAGAAGCGGCUGCUAGAAAGUUUUGCAGCAGCUAGUGCACAAAACAAGCGGGCCAAAACCGGACUGGAUCCGCCCGCUUACAAACGGGCUAAUUGGCCCGAAAGACCAUUCGUGCAAGUUAGCAAUCUUCCGAAAAAAGCCAGCAAGCAGUACGUCGCAAAGCUUUUCAGCCACUAUGGCAAAGUUGAGUUCGUGUCAGAAACGAAAACCUUCACGCCUGAUUCGAAAACGAUGAUCGUGAAGUUCGAAACCAUGUAUCAGGCUUACAUGGCACUGGAGCAAAAUCUGAAGACGGUGCUGGGACGCCUGAUCCGUGUUACUGUCCACGAGACGCGCUACAAAAUGAGUGCGAAUCGUGGCAUAGGAGUGACCUGUAAUGGACCCUAUUCUGAGGUGGAAAUAUUUGAAACGUUCAAGUCUUGCGGAAAUAUCGUUUUCAUGAGAACGGUCGGAACGCCUGGAAAUGAAGUGUGUGUGCUUGACUAUCAGAGCAAAGAUUCGGCGGCCGCCGCGCUCAAGAUAACGUAUCUGCACAACGGAAGCCGAUGCAAAGCCGUGCCCUACAGUCUGCCACCUCCACCAGAAGAAAUGAAUGACGAUAAAGUUGUUUUAGACUAAUUAGCUCAUAACAUUUAUGCAUAAGAUAGUGUUACGCAUUGUGUGCAGUUGAAAAACUGUGAAUGACACGCGGUCGAAAUGCCUGUAAGGCGUGAUUACGAAGUCGUGUGCGAAAUGUUCACUAGGCCAUAAUACGGCCACCGCAAUCAAACAGAAAAAUAUGUUAUUGAUUGAGCAACAGUCGGCGCUCAAUUAAUCCAACCAUCAUUAUGUAGUUGGCCGCACAAUUCAGCAUGUGUCGUAAGCGCGACACAGCGAAGGAUUACUUACUUUAAGAAAUUUUGUUAGACAUAAGCUGUGUGUAGGGAAAGGGACAACUGCAUUAAAAGCAAUUCUUUGUAAUUAUUUUAAUGCAAACAAGACUCUGCCUUUAGGACAUGUGCGAUAUAGAUAAUUUAAAGUAAUAGAUGAGUUCAAAACUGAAACAAGACAAAUAGUCAUUCAUCCACAACCAUCUGGUAAGUAUUUUUAAGAUUACACGGAUAUCAACCGCGAAAAGCAAAAUUAAUGCGCACCGUAAAGGCUUCCCCCGGAUCCGCCAUCAAACACUGGAGAACACAGGGAGUGAAGAACCCGGAAACUGGAAACUAGACACUGGAAACUGGAAACUGGCAACGAACAACAUUACAUCCCACAGCUGCCGAUUGUUGACCGUAGCCAAGAUAGACAGAGUGACAAUGUUGUAAAAUCAGCAUCGUGUUAGAGUAGGUUUGAUUUUACUACUAUUUAUCAUUAACCAAUAAACGGAAGAGUGAGUUACACCGCGAAUAAAAGGAUAAUUACAUUCAAAUCAAUCCAGUACCGGUACUGCUUUUAAACAGUGAAUAAAACAUCGUCUCAUCACUUUCUUUGAAGACUUUAAUGCAGUCUUUUUUAUUUAUUUAUUUUUUUUUGCACGGUUUUGACCAUUUCUUUCUAAACUAUCACACAAUUAGGAUUUCGUUACACUUAAAUCUCGAUUCGCUCUAAAUAAACUGUUUGCGCUUAUUUUAUCUUAUUUUUUUUCGUUUUGCUGUUGCAGCACUAGAACUAAUUGUCGUGUCAUGUUGCUUUCUUACGGUUGCUUGUGUACGGAACCUAAAAUUGUACACAUUAAAACUUAAAUUUCAUUCGAUCAUUUGUAAACAAAACAAAACAAAAAAAAGCUGACGGAUAUUUGUACCACCUUUUUCUAUAUGAGAGUACAACGGACCAUACGAUCCUGUUGUAAAAUGCAAACGGAAACUCUUCUUCUGUGCUGUGCGCGGUGGUGCUGUCCCACCGGUGGUUUUUCUGUAUGAAAUGAGGAGACAAAACACACAGAGAGAACCUUCAUAACCGCACCAACCGCGGUAGCGCCAUCCACCAUCGCGCAAAAGACCGGGUAAAAGAGGGGGGG